AUGACUGGCCGUGCGAUGGACCCGCUGCCCGCCGCGGCAGUCCCGGCGGCGGCUGAGGUGGAGGCUGACGAGGAGGCGGAUCCCCCAGCGACAGGCCUGCCAAUGCCCCAGGACAUUGAGCACAGGCUCUCCGAUUCCAGUCGAAUGCAGCGGCCCCAGGGGAACCCGCUGCUGCUGUCCUACAGCCUGCAGGAGCUGCUGGCCCGUGAUACUGUGCAGGUGGAGCUCAUCCCCGAGAAGAAGGGCCUCUUCCUCAAGCAUGUGGAGUAUGAGGUUUCCAGCCAGCGCUUCAAGUCCUCUGUGUAUAGACGUUACAAUGACUUCGUGGUGUUCCAUGAAAUGCUGCUCCACAAGUUCCCAUACCGCAUGGUGCCAGCCCUUCCACCCAAGAGAAUGCUGGGAGCGGACAGGGAGUUCAUCGAGGGCCGGAGGAGGGCCCUGAAGCGCUUCAUUAACCUGGUGGCCCGGCAUCCUCCGUUCUCCGACGAUGUCAUCCUCAAGCUCUUCCUCUCAUUUAGUGGCUCGGAUGUGCAGAACAAGUUGAAAGAAGCAGCCCAGUGCGUUGGAGAUGAAUUCAUGAACUGUAAGCUGGCUGCUAGGGCCAAGGACUUCCUCCCAGCUGACAUCCAGACUCAGUUUGCCAUGAGCCGGGAGCUGAUUCGAAACAUCUACAACAGCUUCUACAAGCUGCGCGACAGGGCGGAGCGGAUGGCAUCCCGGGCCAUUGACAAUGCCUCUGAUCUUCUCAUAUUCGGGAAGGAGCUCAGUGCUUUAGGGUCUGACACUACCCCGCUGCCCUCGUGGGCCGCCCUGCACCUCAGCACAUGGGGCUCCCUGAAGCAGGCGCUCAAGGGCCUGUCUGUGGAGUUUGCACUGCUGGCUGACAAGGCCGCACAGCAGGGCAAACAGGAAGAGAAUGAUGUGGUGGAGAAGCUGAACCUUUUCCUGGACCUACUUCAGUCCUACAAAGACCUGUGCGAGCGUCACGAGAAGGGCGUACUGCACAAACAUCAGCGUGCCCUGCACAAGUAUGGCCUGAUGAAGAGGCAGAUGAUGAGUGCAGCACAUGGCCGUGAGCCUGAGACUGUGGAGCAGCUGGAGUCCCGCAUUGUGGAGCAGGAGAACGUGAUCCAGACCAUGGAGCUGCGGAACUACUUCUCCCUGUACUGCCUGCACCAGGAGACGCAGCUGGUCCACGUCUACCUGCCCCUCACCUCCCACAUCCUUGGGGCCUUCGUGAACUCACAGAUCCAGGGCCAUAAGGAGAUGAGCAAAGUGUGGAACGACCUGAAGCCCAAGCUCAGCUGCCUCUUUGCUGGGCCUCAUGGCACCCUGACGCCGCCAGGGUCCCCACAGGAGGAUGGAGUAUGUCCCCACUAGUGCCUGAGGCCUCAGAGCUCCCUGUGGCCUCACUAAACCCUCUUUGCCAAUGCUGUGGGAUGGCUGAGUCACUUCCGAUAGCAGCUGGGCCUCUGAUGGGACCCAAGCAGAGGCUCUCCUUUUCCACCCUCCCACUGUGUCCCCUGGGCCUCUUGGUGGUCUUUGUUCCUUCUACCUGGCAGGAGGCCUGCUGGCCCCAUUGUGAGAAGUAGGACACUCUGGGAUGCACAUGGGUCAUUGCCAUACAGCCUAGGGCAGCGUACAAGGGUCCCUGGGUCCCAGACUAGUACAGAGGGCUGGACUGGAGGGUCAGUCAGCAGUGGGAGAGAGAGGGGACAGUGCCAUCGGGUGGGGAGAUGGCAGUCUCAGGGUGAGAGGUCUGGCUGUGGGUCGGGACCUGCAGACACUCUGGGUGUAGGGUUGCUGCUGCAGUGCUGAAGGCCACGGUCACGGUGGUGAAUGGGUUACACUGCUAUGAGCACCACUGGGCUCAACUGACCUUUAGAUCAUUUCUUCUUUUUGGGCAGCUGCACUCCUUCUCCUGGGCUCCCUCCCACCUGCCCUCAGCUCUAGGGGAAGGGGAGGGAGGGCUGCAGGCAUUGCCACCAGGGACUCUUUGUGGGGACCACACAGCUUCCUAGGCCCAGGAGAGUGCUGGAGGCCCUGCUGGGCAGGGAAAGCAGAAAGCACUCUGAGGAUGUGGGCCUCCAUCUUCUCCCUGAAUGGCGGAGGCCUCCUUGGCCCUCUGAAGACAACCUUCCCUCAUGGAAGACAGUUCCUGAUCACUAUGUGGAACUGUACCAU